AAUUUAGUUUUGCAAUCAUAAGGUCUACCGGAAACCAGCUGCCAGUGCCAUGUUUUGGCAACAACUGAAUCUUGAGGACUCGUUGCUCAAUGAGCUUGUGACGAAGGAAGACACUACUCUUGACAGGGUACUGGAAGAGAGUGACAUCAUCCAGGAAUGCAAAACAAAGAAUGAAAAAUUAUUAGAGUUCUUGUGCAGGAUGGAAAACAUGCACCAGCUCAUCGAUUACAUAAUUUCAGAACCACAGGAUGAAAGUGAUGAGAAAACUAAAUUUUAUAAAUCUUAUAUCAGCUGUGAACUGUUAUCAAGCGACACAACCCUUAUCACUGAUACUCUCGCUAACGAUUCUACUUUAAUAUCACAACUCUGGAGCUUUGUGAGAACUCAUGAAGAAAUAAAUCCUCUUCUUGCUUCAUUUUUCAGCAGAGUUGUUCAAAUCCUAUUGAAUCGAAGGCCAAAUUUAAUCCUGGAAUUCUUGAAAGACCACCCAUCUCUGAUAGAUGACUUAAUUUUCCACAUCGAUACAUCCGCAAUCAUGGACUUGAUCUAUAGAAUUGUCAUAUGUUUUGAAAAUUCCAUCACUCGGUUUAAAGUGUGCCAUUGGUUGAGGGACAUGAGAUUAGUUGAAAAGUUGGUAUCGUCCUUAUCAGAGGAGGCGUCCAGUGACACCCUGUGUAAUACUUGUCAUUUGUUGAGUGACGUCAUCAAGGUGUGCAGGGAUCCUCAGGAGAGUUUCAAAGGAGCCAAAGAUGCUCUCCUUAUCGAGCUCGAGGAGGAAACUACGAUACAAAAUAUUAUCACUACCAUCACUUCCAGCAAAAACAAGUUUCUUAUUAAUCAUGGAGUUGGUGUUUUACAGACCUAUCUAACUAAGCCAACCCCAACAUCAAUGGUGCCUAACAUGACUGUUGAAAUAGAUAAACCUUCUAUUGUCUCUUUAGAGUCUUUUAAUAAAUCUAUAUCUGCAAAUCUAGAAGCUUUACAGGGGUUACUGGUCCAGCCUAAAGGAACGGCUUUUAGAUCGGAUCGGCUCCAAAUCGUAAAGUUGAUAGUCCUGCUGGUGCAGUGCUAUUCUGUAGAUAUAAACAGCGAGCUAGUCAGACUGAGGACACUGGAACACCUGUGGAAGUUGUUCCUACAGCACCCUUUCAACAACUUCCUCCACACUCAGGUAGUGUCGAUGAUACACCACAUUCUGAACACUAAGAUAGCGAAUAAUGACGACGCUAUUCUCCUAAACUUUAUGAUCAGUGACAUGAAGAUCCUCUCUAAGAUAGAAGAUGCUUGGUCGGAACAAACAAUACGGGAAGACCACAGCAACCCGUGUAAAAAGCGAGUGAGGAGAGCUGGGUAUCUCGGUCACGUGUACAGAAUAGCUUAUGAUGUUCAGGAGAUCAUUACAGGCAAGGAGAACAAGAAGUAUUUCCAGGAGUGGUUGGACUGUCAUGAAGAUCCUCAGUUUUGGCAAACUUUCUUCGAUGAAACCCUCAAGGAGCAGAGGAAAAAGAACGAAUCAGAUCUUGGACCAGAUCCACGGAGGUACCUGCACAACAUUGAUAGUGACGAUGAUUCUGAUGAUAAGAUUGGGAUUGGUCUGAAGAAUCUUGUAAAUAAUCCUCUAUUCACGUGGAAGACAGAUGACGAUGACGAUGCAGACUUCUCGUUUGAACCCACAGGAAACGAUUUCUCACAAGUAAUGGACUUCAAACCAGUAGUGGUGCCAGAAUGGAAAGAGAGGAAUAUAGAGUUCUGGGAUAAAAACAUUGGGAUAUCAGAUACAGAUGGGGCUACAAGUAUGCAGACACAAGAAGGUAGCUCCUCCAGCUCAGAAGACGAGGAUAUAAAGGACGUGCACGAUCCCUGGGCAUCAACCACCCCUCAGGGUGCCACCAUACCUGUUAAACAGGUGACCAUGCGAUUCUAGCAGAGAUGAAACACCUGCCUCCAGGGAGUUCUCUAAAAUGGACACUGACGUAAGCUGGGCGAACUUCAACAACUUUGAGUCUAGUGGGCAGGUGCCGGAGAAGUGGGACAGUACGCCGCCCGAUGGACAAGUCCUCCACUCCAACCCACCUACCCCGGACGAGAAACACAGCGCCAGCAAGUACGCGGCAGAGGGGGAGUGUUACAUGGUUGAGGAGAUAAAAUCUAACGGAAUGGUAUGUGAUGAGAAUGUGGCGGGGGAGAAUGCCGCUGAGAAGAUGGUGACAGAGCAGUGGCCCCCUGCCAGCCAGGAGAUUGCGUCGUGAGGGAGUGACGCGCACACGUGGUGCGCAGCGGAGAUAUUAUCUGCUGUGGUACCUUGAUAUAACGCUGUGAGAUAUCGUGUGGGUGUUACAUUGUAGUUUUUAGUUUGUCCGAUCAAUUUAAGACGAUUAAUUAUUUGGUUGAUUAAUUAAUUAGUUAUAAAUUGAUUAAUUAAUUAAUCAAGUUAAGAUGAUUGAUUGAUGUGUUAUUUCGGCCGGUUGCUUGAGACUAUACUUUCAGCGGUAUAAAUAUUUGUUCGCUUACAUUAGAUAAUAACGAUUUGAUUAGAUGAUAACGAAUUGAUUUUGUCGACUCGUAGUUGUAAUUUUAAUUAUUCUUAUAUAGAAUUAGACUCGUACUUUAAUUAUAUAAUGAUCUAAGUAAUCAGGUCACGGCCAUUUUAGUGCCAAUCAUUGAAAUAUUUUGUGACCCGUUAUAAGUACCAAUGGAUAUUUGCAGGUAUUGAAAAUUAUCACUUACACUUACCUUAGGCUAUGCUAUGGUAGUUCUUGAUAUAACUUUCUUAAGUCAGAUCUGUAAAUAUAUUUUUAAAAUGGUAGUCCUCCAGUUAAAUUUUGUUCACAAUCAAGUCUUGCGCUCGUUUUCUUUUUAGAAAACAUAUUAUAUACUUUCAACAAAGAAUGAAUAAUCAGGUUUUUACAGAAAUUGGGACACUUAUUUUAUGUAAAAUCGAAAGACGAUCACUCGAAACCAUGUGCUAACUUCAUACGUAUAUAAAGGUUAAAUAAUUACAUAAUUAUUAAUAGCAUAAUUGCAUAAUUACCAGCAGACGAAUCAGAGAGAUGUUUAAGUGUCUUCACAUGUGUAAGUCUUGUUUUGAUAAUUCUAUUACUAAUUAUUGUCACCAGUAUACCCUCAUAUGAUAAUAAUUUUAUGUUAUUUAGACAUGUCUAAAGUCCUUUAAAACUACAAUUUAACGGCUUAUUUGUCUGUACGACACAAAUUCAUUUUUUGAAAAUCUUUUACAAGGGCUUUAAGUUUAAUAUUAAAAUUUACUCAUUCAAAACGGGGAAAGCCCCCACAAGGGACAUGUUUUAUACAUUCAACAUUGAUAAUUUACGAGAUUGUCUCUGUGCGAGUUUUGUAUCAUUUGUCAAAUUAUUACAAUUUAAAUUUGCUCAGUUUUCCAUUAA